AUGUCUCUAAAUUACAUCAAAAACUUCUAUGAAGGUUGUGUAAAGCCUCCCACUGUGAUUGGUCAAUUCCACACCCUUUUCUUUGGAUCCAUCCGGAUGUUCUUUCUUGGGGUGUUAGGCUUUUCAGUCUACGGGAAUGAGGCUUUGCACUUCAGCUGUGAUCCUGACAGGAGAGAAAUAAACCUCUUCUGUUACAAUCAGUUCAGGCCAAUCACUCCACAAGUAAGUUUUUCUGUGUUUUGGGCAUUACAACUAGUGAUUGUCCUGGUCCCUGGUGCUACUUUCCAUCUUUAUUCUGCAUUUAAAGACAUCAGUCAAGAAUGCAUUCUUCAAAAGCCCAUCUACACUGUGGUUUAUAUCGUCUCUGUUUUAGUAAGAAUCAGUCUCGAGGUGACUUCAUUUUGGCUUCAGAUUCACCUUUUUGGUUUCCAAGUCACACCUCUCUACCUGUGUGAUGCUGGAUCUCUGGGCGGAAAGUUUACUAUUAUAAAAUGCAUGGUGCCAGAUCACUUUGAGAAGACCAUCUUCCUCAUUGCAAUGUACACAUUUACUGGAAUUACCAUGGCAUUAUGUGUUGCUGAGGUUUUUGAGAUCAUAUUUAGAAGACUAUGCUUUCUAAGUAAGCAACCCAGAGGUUGA